UCUCCGAACUGCGCUUCCUUUCAGCUAAAAGCACUUACACACAGGCUCGCAUUGCCCUCCCUCUCUGGAGUCCUUCACACACUCGUGACGUUCCCUACCCCAGUGCUGUUUCCAGGCUGCACAUGCUCAUUGCAGGAGUGUGAGUCCUCGGCAUUCCCUGCGAGGAAUCAGAGGGAGAGGCAGAGCAUCAGGACAGGCGCCGGCAAACAGUGGCCGCAGGAAUCCGCGGGGGUUUUGCAGCCACCUCCCCUCACCUCACCCCCGGGGCCAGUUGGUCAGCUUUAACACACCUGAAAUUCAACCCACGGUCUGGGAGUUGGCAAAAGACUGAGCCCGACUCCAGGGAGGAACUUUUUGCAAGAGGAGUGUGAGUGGGAGCGAGAGAAGCCAGAAGAUACCAUGUCUCUGAAGUAUUGCGAUGUACCAGGUCCUGAAGCAACCAGCAACAGUUUCUGGAUGCCAGACAAGUAUAAAAGCACCUCCAAGCGGGUUGACGAUGGCUAUAAAGUCUGCAACGAGAUCAUCCUGUGUUUCCAAGAAAGGGCAAAGAUUGAGAAGCAGUAUGCCCAGCAGAUUUCCGCAUGGUCACGGAAGUGGAAGCCACUCGUUGAAGCAAGUCCUAUGUACGGUACUCUGUUGAAGGCGUGGCAUGCCUUCCUUACCUCCGCAGACCGCCUGAGCGAACUCCACGUGGGGAUCCACAAAUCCCUGGUGACCGAGGACACGAGCAAGAUUCGGAAGUGGCAGAAGGAGAUGUACCACAAGAAGUUCUUCGGGGGCUUCAAGGAGACUCAUGAGGUGGAGCAUGGAUUCCGAAAAGCACAGAAGCCCUGGACAAAGAAACUGAAAAAAGCAGGAAAGCUGAAGAAACUCUACCAUGCCAAGCGGAAAAAGGAACGAGUGGCCAUUCUCCGGGAGAACAGCUGCAAGGCCAACCCAGCCUCUUCCUCAUGGAAACAGCAGAAACUCCAGCGGCUGAGGGAAAAACGCAGCCAGGAGGCAGAGAAGGUUAAGCAGCGUUACACAAAGACCAUAGAAGAUUUAAACAAAUACAACCCAAAGUACAUGGAAGAGAUGGAGAUGGUCUUCGACCAGAGCCAGCAGUUGGAGCAGAAACGCACAAUCUUUCUCAAACAGAUCUUCCUCUCCAUUCAUCGGCACCUUGAUGUCACCAACAAUGAAAGUUUCCGGUCUAUUUUUAAGGAUCUACACCAGACCGUGUUAUCAAUAAAUGACCAGAAUGACUUAAAAUGGUGGCGCAACACAUAUGGCCCAGGAAUGCCAACAAACUGGCCGCACUUCGAGGAAUGGUGCCCAGAGAUGGAGAAGAUAACCGACAAGAAAGGAAAAGGACAGAAAGAAGGAGAAAAGGUGGUUCUUCAGAGCUUAAGUUUAAAUAAAGGUUAUUCCCUUGGUGAGGAUGGCACAAACAUCCCUGGCGUCAGAAUCCGAGCACUGUAUGAUUACUCCAGCCAGGAAGCAGAUGAGCUCAGUUUCAAGGCGGGCCAGGAGCUGACUAAAGUAGAGGAUGAGGAUGAACAAGGAUGGUGCAAAGGUUACCUUGACGGAGGCCGGAUCGGGCUGUAUCCAGCUAACUAUGUAGAAGUUAUACAGUAGAAAGCAUUCACCCAAAGAGGAUACCUAAAACGAAGACAGCUGCAGCACCAGGAACCAUCUUAAAGCACGUAUCAUCAUCACUGCUUUAAAACAUUUUAAAAUUUAUUUUUGUUGAUUUUAUUUAGCCUGUGAAUGCCAAUGACAUUAUUACCUGGGAGGACUAUCCAAGUCAAAUUAUACAAGGGGGUGAGAUUAAUAUUAGAGUGUUGGUGCAGAAGUUACUGAGCCCACCAGAUGCUGCCAAAGUAGAUUAGAGACUGUGGGACAGUGAGAGGUAUUGGAUUUGAUUUUGACCAGGAGCUGGUUCAUCAAUAAAAUUACAGGUCAUCAAACUGCUUAAGAGCCCCUAAGCUUGGCAGUGUAAGGAAUCAGAGCCACAUUAAAACAUGCAAUGGAUAAGCCAACCCCUGGGUUACACAACCGAAUCCACACUGGUGUUAAUUAAGUUCCUUUGUAUUGUCAGGGGACCAGCAACAAUAACCAGCCAGCUUCCCCUCAAAAUAGCAUUAAUGUCAGUCACUGUUUGACGAAACAGGAGAAAGCAUUUCUUUUCAGUGAUAAAAUCCCUGAUGCUGGAACACCUUCACCUCUUGCUAAGGCCAGUUACCUUCAAUGUGUAUUUUAGGUUACUGUAAACACAGAGCUUUCAAACAAAGGCCACACUUUGUGCAUCAUAAAUACAAGUGAAUGCAGGACAAACUCAUACCGAAAUGGAAAAGUCAGGUGCACAAGUACGUUGUACAGUUAACAAAAAAUAUAUACAUAAUGCUGUAGCAUUUGCCAGGGAAUGUUACAAUCUUGUUAGACUCUGUAACAUACUCAACACAAAUUAUUGUACACUGAUUUAACUCCCUCCUUACUGCAACACUCUCUGUCACCUGCAGUACAGCUGUCUGUGGUUAGGAACGGGUUCCAUUUCUACCGACAUCCUUAGUUGAUUUUGUUUGUAAGUCGUAAAUUACACAAAAAUCACUCAGUAUGCUAACCGUACCUCCACAGUAUUGUAAUGAAGGGCAUUAAAAACACACAAGACCUGAUAAGAACAAUUACUAAAAGUGGAGAGAAAACACUAGCUCUGCUGUUCGUAGGAUCAAACAUAUGUACGUACGUCAGACUUUUGUAUUAAAUAAUACGGGAGCUCAUUGGGGAGUCCGUAAGUGGGGCAUUUGUAACCCAGGAACAGCCUGGUUGGCCCAUAGGACUACAAUAAUGGACUCGCCUAGCAGUCAAGAGUUCAAGACUAUUAAUUCAGAGACGAGUUCAAAAGCUGCAUCAUGGCAGCUGGGGAAUUAAACUAAUCUAGAAUUUAAAAAAAAGCUAGUCUCAGUAAACUAGAAAAACCGGACAGUUGUAAAAAAAAACUGCUUCACUCACACUUUAAUGGAAGGAAAGCUACUGUCCUCACACUUGACACAAUUCAAAUCCUUCCCGCAACACACCCGAAGUCCUCUAACACUAAUAUCUGCUCCAACCCCUCUCACAUUCAGUACAUCCCACAAUCUUCACUGCAACAUUCUGACAUACUCUUGACCCCUUAAAAUAACAAGCUCCUAAAAAUGCCCUUCAACCAACACAAUAUUCCCAGAUUAUUCUUCCCCUCAAACUAUUAACAACCUGUGCCCCAUAUUAAGCUUUGUACUUUCAUUAUUGACCAUUGCCUAACUGCGGAAUACAAAAAUGCUAUAAAUGCACUGUCUGUUAGUCAAGUCUAGAUGAGAAAUCCGGGAGCUACUAAUUCAGACAGUGAAUGACAAAUAUCAGUCCUCACCUCUGGUACAUUUCCAGAACCCUCGGUUUUUACUUCAGGUGCCCAGCAUUCAAAGCUAUUUUUUACAUGAAACUGUAAUCUCUGUAAAUAAACUCAGUUUAGUUCUAGGGAUAGAGACCGUACACAGAAUUAAUGCAGGUGUCUGCAAACAGAGACCUUGACAUCUAAUCUGAUACGAGAGUUCUAUCUCCUAAGCGACAGGUUUUUGUUAAAAUACCUUGUUGUGUUUGUAUUUUUAUUGCAACAUCGCACUGAAACAGUCAGUGGGGGGAGGGUCCUGGUUCCUUGCCACUGAACUAGAGAAUGCUUUUAAAAGUGUAACGGUAAGAGGAGCUAUCGGCAGUGGGGAACAAUCAUCCACCCAAGUGCCUUGUUGUUUUUCCAAUGACCUCUGUGGUUCAGUGGAUUCGGGAAUCUGGCUGUGAUGCUCUUUAUCCAACUCAAUUCUUCCUGCGUGCCCCAUCUUACCACAUCCAACCGUUAAAGAGGUUCUGAAUUCAGAAUCCUCACAAGCAUGGAGCGAAUGUUAAGCAGGUACACUGCAUGGUAGUACAGAUUAGGGUCAGUACCUUCAGGAAAGGAAGGGACAAAUGGAAAAUGAAACACAGGGAAUUUUUUCCCUUGUGAAGCAGUGCAGUAUUUCAUGAUCCUGGAGAUUUAUGUUCUCGAGUUUUUAAAUAAAUUCAUUACAACUACAUUUCUAGCCUCCUAACCCUGCACAGAAAAGGCAAAACUGACCAGGAUUUUGAGAUAGUUAUCCUGGCUAGAGAGGGCAAACUUGAAAGCCAAUGUUAUGCCAACAAACCAACCGUUACAGAAAUAUCAGCACAAUAUAUAGCUAAGGAAGAACAUUGUUUUAUAGCUCCCUCUUUAGGACCCUUGCCAUUAUGACAAAAACAUCUAAGGAUUGUUUCAUGGAUUAAUAGAAAAUAUAUAUUAACUGACAGGAAGCUACAUUUGCAAAUCUUUGUAUAUGGACACUGCCAAUGCUUUUGAUUUAAAUAUGUAGCAAUAAAUUACCUUGUCUGAAACAUCA